AUUUAAAUCUAUAGGGCUCUGUGAAUGGCACUCGGGAAUAGUAUCAUAGUAUCCAGACUGUAUCAUUAUUGUCAAAUGAAGGACGCCUCCUCCAGUCGCUUCUUGACGUCAGGGUAGAUCCCGCAAUUAUUGCAUAGAAAGGGAAUUGCGGAUAGAUAAAGAGGCAGAAGAGGACCAUCCGUCCGUAGGAGCAGACGAUCAGUUCCUGAGUGGAAAUCAACUAUACAAUGCCUUUAGGAGAGGAUGAAAAUGGAUGGAAAAAGAAGACAACAGAUAUCAAGGAAAAUUAUGAUUUCAAGGAGGUCUUGGGGACGGGGGCGUUCUCUGAGGUGUUCCUGGCUGAGGAGAAGAAGACCCAGCGACUCGUGGCCAUCAAAUGCAUCCCUAAGAAAGCAUUGGAGGGCAAGGAAAACAGCAUUGAGAAUGAGAUUGCUGUGCUACACAGAAUAAAACAUGAGAAUAUUGUUUCACUGGAAGACAUCUUCGAAAGUCAGUCGCAUUUGUAUUUGGUCAUGCAGCUCGUAUCGGGGGGAGAGCUCUUUGACAGGAUUGUAGAAAAGGGCUUCUACACCGAGAGAGAUGCCAGCAAACUCAUUCGGCAGAUUUUAGAUGCGGUGAAGUAUCUGCAUGAUAUGGGCAUUGUGCACAGAGACCUGAAGCCAGAGAAUCUGUUGUACUACAGUAUGGAGGAGGACUCCAAUAUCAUGAUCAGCGACUUUGGCCUGUCUAAGAUCGAGGACUCAGGAAGUGUAAUGUCAACUGCCUGUGGAACACCUGGAUACGUAGCUCCAGAGGUCUUGGCACAAAAACCAUACAGUAAAGCUGUAGACUGUUGGUCCAUAGGAGUGAUUUCUUAUAUUCUUCUAUGUGGCUACCCUCCGUUUUACGAUGAAAAUGAUUCCAAGCUGUUCGAGCAGAUUCUCAAAGCAGAGUAUGAGUUUGACUCUCCAUACUGGGAUGACAUCUCUGACUCAGCCAAGGAUUUCAUCAGUCACUUGAUGGAGAAAGAUCCGUCUCUGAGAUACACAUGUGAGCAGGCUUUACAGCAUCCAUGGAUUUCUGGAGACACGGCUCUCGACAGGAACAUUCAUGAGUCUGUCAGCGCUCAGAUCAAGAAGAACUUUGCUAAAAGUAAAUGGAAGCAAGCAUUCAAUGCGACAGCAGUGGUCAGACACAUGCGGAGACUGCAGCUGAGCACCAGCCUUGAGGGUCCGAGCCAAAUCACCAGCACCAGCCCCUACCACAGACACCUGCUCCUGCCCGCCAAAGAGCUGGACCACGAGGAGGACGAGGACGAGGAGGAAGAUGACAACAGUUCCCCGAGUGGGGACGGCCGUCGAGGCAGUGCUGAUCGGGACAGUCUCAGAAGCUGUGCUUACUGCUGCCGACCAACCAGCAGGAUCUGAAGCAGAACUCUGAGCCCAGCAGAACCUAGAGGAACCCAGGGGAACCCACACAUGCACGUCCACCGUACCAGUCUGACCCGGAACACAGAGCUUUCCUGGUAACAUGCACUAGAUGGAGCUAGUGCUGCUGGUGGGACGGACGUGAGAAGGAGAGCAUCAUUGUUCCAAACGUUCAGACUUGGGUAUAUCAUUGACAGAUAUGUAACUUCUCUAUCAUUUAAUUUUGUCUGAUUAAUAUUUCUGUACCCCAACCAAAGAUGACAGUAUGUUUAAUUUGUACUUUUAUGUAAGGUUUAUUCAUUUCUUUUAUUAUUUAUU